UAUUUCGGCAUUCAGAAAAUAAGGUGGUAAUUCCGUAUUUUUAAUUUGUUGGUUUAAAGUUGCAUACGUUAUUAAAGUACGUUAUUAUGUGCACCUUUCUAGCUGUUAUUUAAGUUUUAAUGAUUAAGAAAUGUUGAAGUAAUCGUAUUUCAUAUUGAAUCAGGUCGCGGCGGGCAACUGUGUGCAGGCGUUUUGAAAUGCGCACAAUUACCCAUCUUCCAUAGACUAUAUAGCUGCUUUCAAGUUAUACACACAAGUGAAACUGAGUUUGAAGUGAGCUAUUUUACACUCAGAUUAUGACGUCACUUGUGUAAAAAAUUAUCACAUGUUAACACAGGUUUAUAAUCCCACUUUGAAGUGAGUUUACGAGACUCACUAAAGCACACAGUUUCGAUCUUGUGCAGAUUAUAUGUAAAAACUCAGUUGAAUUUCACUUGUCAGAAUGCAAAAGAAACGCGCAUUCAUUUGAGUUAUGACGUCACAAAUGAAAAUUAUCUGAGAAUCGGUAUAGGAUUAUUUUAGAUGCCUCGUAAAUACGAGAGAAAGACGGAUAAAAAUAAUUGGACUGAAGCUCAAUUAAAAGGAGCGAUACGAUCAAUAACAUGCGGUCGUAAACUCAAAAUCAGAGACGCUAGCCGUAGAUAUGGUAUUCCUGAGUCUACGCUUCGAAAACGGAUGAAAUUGAAUUCGCUGGAACAUGUACCAUUAGGAUGUAAGCCUACUUUUACGAUUGAAGAAGAAGCACAGUUGGCAGAUCACAUAAUUAAUCUUGCAAAGCUAUAUUACGGAAUCACGCCUCUUGAGCUUCGCAGACUUGCUUACGAAUUUGCAGAAGCUAAUAAAAUUAACCAUUUUUUUAAUACAACAUUAAAGUUAGCUGGGAAAGAUUGGCUUUAUCUUUUUCUCAAGCGACACCCAUGCAUUUCAUUAAGACAAUCAGAAGGCACCAGCCUUAAUAGAAUUACUGCAUUCAAUAAAGAUUUUAUUAUACAGUUUUUUAAUAACUUGAAUGAAGUCUUUCAAACAUUUAAAUUUAAGCCGAAUCAAAUUUACAACAUGGACGAAACUGGUAUCACUACGGUGCAAAAAAAAUGUCCAAAAAUUUAUGCCCAGAAGGGUGCUAAAAAAGUCGGAGCAGUGACUUCAGGAGAAAGAGGACGGACAAUUACUGCAGUUUUUUGUGUAAAUGCUGCAGGAUAUUAUAUUCCACCCAUGUUAAUUUAUCCAAGAGCUCACAUGACUUCCCAGCUUCAAAGAAACGGACCCAUAGGAGCAAUUUAUGAUUGUUCCAAAAAUGGGUGGACCAAUGAGCAUCUCUACAUGAAGUGGUUGCUGCAUUUUAAGAACCACGUGAAACCAACUCAUGAUAACCCGGUGCUUCUUAUAUUGGAUAAUCACACAAGCCACAUUUCUCUUACAGCUUUUGAAUUUUGCAAAGCCAAUUUUAUCACUGUUGUCACUCUUCCCCCUCACACGUCUCAUAAAACUCAGCCUCUUGAUCUGACUUUCUUAGGUCCGUUGAAAAUUGCUCUUUAUCGGGAAUAUGAAUUAUUCUUAAGUACGAAUGUUUAUGAGAAAAUCACCGAAUAUAACUUCGCAGAAUUAUUGAAUAAGGCAUUCCUUAAGGUAGCUACAAUGGAAAAAGGAAUUUCUGGUUUUUCAUCAGCUGGAAUUUGGCCUUUAAACCCCGACAAAUUUAACGAAGACAAUUUUACUCCGGACAAUGCUGGUCAAGAACUCGUUCUUGAAGCACUUUCUGAAAUUUUCGAACCAAAUGAAAAUGUUGAUUUUAAUGAAGGGGAUAAUUCUGCUGAUCGUGAAACUAUAGCGUUUUCUGCUCCAAACGAUUCUAUAUCAGAUCCUUUAGAUUCAAUCCCGAGUGCUUCAACUUCAAAAUUCACUAUUGCAGACUUCGCACCAGUUCCCUCGAGAAAUGCAAAGAUACGAUAUUCUCAUACAAAAAUGCAAUCUGAAAUUUUGACUGCUAGUCCACAAAAAAGAAAAUUGGAACAGGCAAAAGAGAAGAAAAUAGAUGUUGUGAGGAAAAAAAUAGAGAGGUUGAAGAAAAAAGCAGACAGCGGAACUAAGAAGAAUUUGAAAUCAAAGAUAGAAUCGAAGAAGAGGAUGAAGAUUAAAGUUUUGAAAAGCGAAAAGUCGACGAGUUCUGACAUCAACACGGACAAUUUGUUUCCUCCUAAUGAACAGUGCACCAUUUGCGGAAAAGCCGGAAGAGACAAAAAACUCUGAUUUCGGUGCUGCCUGUAUUCUGAAUGGAUCCACAAAGAAUGCAGUGGAGCUGAUAAUGCUGAAAAUUACAUAUGCGAUUUUUGUUUGGACUAAUAUUUCCACUUUGUAUUUUCUUUC